CCACAAGAGACAUAGACACACACACAGAGAGAUGGAAGAGGCGUAACCCCACAUACGUACCAUACGUACCUACACAGAACAUGGUACCACACACCCCGGGGAACUUGUGGACUGACUCGCGGGAUAUGAUGUUUGUUGCCAGUGCCAUGUUCCUCCUUCGUCCAAUCCCUGUCCCUUGGGUAGGCUUGGCUUUCGUCGUUGUGUGGCUGCAGCUAGGGGGGAAGAAUUUACAUUGACACCCAGGGUGGUGGGAAGGAAGGAAGAAAACCCAGUACCUAGGUUAAGUUACUUAGUUUAGAG